GAAAAAUCUUGAAAUGAUUUUCUUUUCUUGAUGUUCUGUUUCUUAUUUUCCUUUGUUUUCUUGACGUACUGAUAUUUUCUCAGGCAUAAUGGAGAAUACCAUCAAAGAAAAUGGUGAAAAGGAAAACCAUUCCUUUCUUGAUUCCUCAGUACAAAAGGUUGAUCCAGGGAAGCUUCCUUCAUUGAGUUGGCAAAGAGGAUUGAAUAGCAAUGGAAAUGUACCUCAGGCGUUCAGUAUAAGUUUUCGAGAGAUAAUGCAUAUGCUUCCAAUGGGCGUGCGACUAUGGCGUUACGCCAAGGAACAAGCAGCAAGAGGAAGGCUGCCAAUAUUUGAUUUUUCAAAAAAGCGUGUGAUUACUGGUGAUCAUGGCAUUCCUUUAGGUGGCAUUGGUGCAGGAAGCAUUGGAAGAAGCUACAAAGGCCAGUUUCAAUCCUUUAAACUAUUCCCAUUGAUAUGUGGAGAAAGCCCUGUUUUUGCAAAUCAGUUUUCUGUCUUUGUAUCUCGCCCAAAUGGUAAGAAGUUUUCAACUGUAUUAUGUUCAAGCAGGCCAGAGAUACCCAAAGAAAGCAGGAGCUCAGGCAUUGAAUCAUGGGAUUGGAAUCUGGAAGGUGAGAAGUGUACAUACCAUGCUUUGUUUCCAAGGGCCUGGACAACCUAUGAAGGUGAGCCAGACCCAGAACUUAAAAUUGUUUGUCGUCAAAUCUCACCUUUCAUUCCCCACAACUACAAAGAAAGCAGCUUCCCUGUAUCAGUGUUUACAUUUACGCUAUCUAAUCAUGGAAGGACUUCAGCAGAUGUCACCUUGCUGUUUACUUGGGCUAAUUCUGUUGGUGGGGACUCUGGAUUUUCUGGUCAUCACUUCAACUCAAAGAUAGUGAAAGAAGAUGGAGUGCACGUAGUCACUUUAUACCACAAGUCAGCAGAUAGGCAGCCUCCAUUGACUUAUGCCGUUGCAGCGCAGGAGACACCUGAUGUACAUGUAUCAGAAUGUCCCUGCUUCCUUAUAUCUGGCAAUUCCCCGGGUUUCACUGCAAAAGAUAUGUGGGAUGAAAUUAAAAGGAACGGGACGUUUGACAACCUAGGCCACGUGAAAACUUCACCUUCAGAACCAGGAUCAUCAAUUGGAGCAGCAGUAGCAGCCUCUUUAACAAUUCCUCCUGAAUGCAUUCGCACUGUAACAUUUUCGUUGGCAUGGGACUGCCCAGAAGUAAGAUUCAGUGAAAGAAGCUAUUACAGGCGUUAUACAAAAUUCUAUGGCACUCUUGGGGAUGCAGCUGCUGAUAUUGCACAUGAUGCUAUUCUUGAGCAUACUAAUUGGGAAUCUCAGAUAGAGGCAUGGCAAAGACCAAUUCUUGAAGACAAAAGACUUCCUGAAUGGUACCCAAUCACUCUCUUCAAUGAACUCUAUUAUCUCAACUCUGGAGGAACUGUUUGGACAGAUGGAUCACCUGCAGUCCAAAGUUUGGCAGCCAUUUGGGAAAGAAAAUUUUCUCUUGAUAGGUCAAGUGCAGAUUUAGGAAAUGCAAGUGGUAAUGCUCAAAAAAAUGACACAUCUGUUGAGAUCCUAGAAAGGAUGGUAUCUAUUUAUGAGCAAAUACAGACUCCAGUAAACUCAAAUUCUGGUUUUGGAACAAAUUUGCUCCAGAGUGGAGAAGAAAAUAUCGGACAAUUCCUCUACCUUGAAGGUUCUGAAUACCUCAUGUGGAAUACCUAUGAUGUUCAUUUCUACUCAUCUUUUGCACUUCUCAUGCUAUUCCCAAAACUUGAACUUAGCAUCCAAAGAGACUUUGCUGCUGCAGUAAUGAUGCACGAUCCUACUAGAAAGAAAGUUAUGAAUGACGGAAAGCUAGUUCCAAGAAAAGUUCUUGGUGCCGUUCCACAUGAUACCGGUCUUAAUGAUCCUUGGUUUGAACUAAAUGCUUAUAACCUUUUUGACACAGCUAGAUGGAAGGACUUGAAUUCUAAAUUUGUUCUCCAGAUAUACAGGGAUGUAGUCGCUACCGGUGACAAAAGUUUUGCUAAAGCUGUUUGGCCUUCGGUAUAUGUUGCAAUAGCUUAUAUGGAUCAGUUUGAUAAGGAUGGGGAUGGGAUGAUUGAGAAUGAGGGAUUCCCUGAUCAAACCUAUGACGCAUGGUCUGUUUCUGGUGUGAGUGCAUAUUGUGGUGGGCUUUGGGUGGCGGCACUCCAGGCUGCAUCAGCCCUGGCACGUGAAGUUGGUGACAACGCAUCAGCCAAUUACUUCUGGGCUAAGUAUCAGAAGGCAAAAGCUGUGUAUGUCAAACUAUGGAAUGGUUCCUAUUUCAACUAUGACAGCAGUAGUAAUAGUUCUAUUCACGCUGAUCAGUUGGCUGGGCACUGGUAUGCUAGAGCAUGUUGUCUUUCUCCAAUUGUUGAUGAGGAAAAAGCAAAGAGUUCCCUCGAAAAGAUUCACAAGUUCAAUGUCUUAAAGGUGAAAGAUGGAAUGCGAGGUGCAGUCAAUGGAAUGCUACCAGAUGGAAGAGUUGAUAUGUCAGCAUUGCAAUCCAGAGAAAUAUGGCCUGGAGUUACAUAUGCUGUUGCUGCUUCUAUGAUUCAAGAGGGAAUGGUGGACAUGGCAUUUCAGACUGCAGUUGGUAUCUAUGAAGCAGCAUGGUCCCAAGAAGGUCUCGGUUAUUCAUUUCAGAUUCCAGAAGGGUGGAAUACUGAUGACCAGUAUAGAUCGCUUUGCUACAUGCGACCAUUGGCAAUAUGGGCAAUGCAGUGGGCAUUAUCAAAGCCUAAGCUCGUUAAAGAGGAGAUGAAUCUUGACUUGGUUGAUGAAACUUUGCAUCAUAGGCAAAAUUUAGGAUUUUCCAGAGUUGCUCAACUUUUGAAGUUGCCAAAAGAUGAAGCUUCCAAAAGCUUCCUACAGGUUGUUUAUGAGUUCACUUGCAGAAGAUUGCCAUUGUAAAAUUCACUAACUAAUAAAUAAUAAUCAUUCAAUGCUACGUUUGGAUGCAUUGAUUAGAAAUAAAGGUAUUUGGAUUGA